AUGAAGUUAUUUUACUAUUUGGCUUUGCUGGCCGUAAUAUCUGAUGCCGGAAAGGCUAAGAAAGCAGCGAAGAAGAACAGUGCCUCAAAUGAUGUUGCAACCGAAGAUACCGAUUCAGCAGAGAUAGAGGAACCUAAAAAGACCGGCAAGUGGGCAAAAAAGCAAGAAAAGAAAAAAGGUAAAGCUGAUUCCUCGGACGAAUCUGCUCCCGACGAGCCUGGUUGUGUCAAGAAAGGCAAAUGUGAUAAAGGAAACAAAGCUAAGAAGGUAAAAGGCGAAGUCGAGAAAGAGGUUGUAGAAGAAGCUGCUGAAGAAGAAGCUGUUGAAGAAGAAGCUGUUGAAGAAAAAGAAGUUGAUACUGAGUUGUCGCAGCCGGAUUCGGAAAGAAAUAUUGGCGCGAUCUUCAGUCAUUUACUUGGUCAAGGUGAUACCAAUGAUGAUAAAAAAGAAACAGUUAAAACUACCAAGAAGCCCAAAACAACACAAGCUCCAACAAAGAAACCAAAAAACACUACAUCGCCAACGAAGAAGCCAAAGAAGACCACAACAGCAACAACAGCGAAGGAAUCAAAGAAACCUGGUAAAUGGGCUGGUAAAUGGAAUAAAGAAAAAGGUAAAGGGAACAAAAAAGAGGUAAAAGAAUCGACAACUAUUGCACCAAUAACAACAACCUCGACAACUACAACUACAACAUCGCCAGAUGAAACGACGGUUACAACGAUUCCCACCACGACAGAAGGAGUCACAGUCGAGAUCAAUGCCGUCAUCGAACCUGAAUCAUCAGACAACGAUACAAGAACUGUAGAUGACGCUGAUACGAUCAUUGAAGAAACAGUCGAGGAAGUUGCUCCACCUCCAAAGCCAACAACAAUGUGGGAUGUUUUCCGACGAAUCAAAGAAAAUCUCCCACCACUGAUUCCAACGACUCAGCCAGAGCUUACCACAUAUGUUCCUUACGGAAAUGAAGCGAGAGAGUUUUUUCACGCUAUUCUCGAUAGUGAUGAUGUUGCAAUGCCCUGUAUCAAUGGAGAGCAUCAGUGUAAUGAGCAUGCUACUUGUUAUCCAGAUCCUCUGUCAGUUGAAGGCUACGCUUGCAAGUGCAGAGCUGGACUCAAAGGACACGGUAAGAAAAACCUUCCUGUGGUCUGGAGCACCGAUGUAGAGCCUUCGAAUGAGAUUUUCUGGACUACCUUUGCCGAACAAGUUUCUCUCGUCCCAGAGCUGACAACUGCGUUCGGCCUCAACGAUGAGAAUAGCAGAACUAUCAGUGACAUUGCAGACCGUGUUAAGAGCAUGGCUGUUCCUGGAAGAAAAGGUACGAACGAAGAGGGGCUUUGGUUUCUGAAAGAUUCAAUGGUUUUUAACGCUGGCGAAGUGCAAGGCUGCGUAAACAUCGACGAAUGUGCAGAAGAAAACAAACCAGUGAACGCUAACAAGCCACGAUUAUGCCAACAUACUCAACAAUGCUUGGAUAAGGAUCCCGUUGAGAAAUAUGAUGAAGAAACGAAAGAAUAUGGACCAUUAUAUGAGUGCGAAACAGAUUUUACUAAAUUCUGCGCUCUUGGGCUCCACAAUUGUCAUGCACUCGCUGACUGUCUACCAGCAUUCGAUCAAGAGGAUCCAACAAACUCUACUGGCAUCUACUGCCAGUGCAAAUCUGGAUUCACAUCCGCUAAGGGAACUGCUCAUGUAGAUGACCAAUGCUUAGAUAUAAAUGAAUGCGAGGAAUACGGACUCGACCUUUGUCCAGGUGCCGAUCUUCGUUGCUUCAACACAAUUGGAUCGUAUAAAUGCGUCGCUAGAAAUCCUACUAGUCAUCCAGAUGAUUUUGACUUGUAUCCGAUUUAUACGCCAAUCGAGAAUGUAACACCUACUGCAAGACCUACGACUCUUCCUGAUACUCUGCCACUCUGUGACCAACAAGAUCCACUGGUGAUUCAACUUCAAGCAGAGCAAGAGCAGCUUCAAAUCGCAACAAACUACUGGAAUAACCAAAAAGAUAAAGCCAAUCAGCGAGGAAUCGGUGGUUUCAUCGAUGAACCCUGCCAAGAUGAUACUUGUGGAUACAACGGACAUUGCAUUCCCCGUUCCCUUUCCACUCCAUGGGAAUCACUCUGCAUCUGCGACGCUGGAUUCUCAGGACUCAGAUGUGAGAUUAAUCUGAUGAGCGGUGGUGCUGCAGCUGGAGCAAGAUAUGGCGGAGCGAAAACAUGUCAAGAAAUCAAGGUUUAUCCAGGAGAUAAGGGAACUAUUGAGAUAUUCGCGAAAAACAACGAUCUCUACGACAUCGCUUGCUUCCGAUUUAUUACUCGGCCAUCGUCAAACACUGCGCUCCAUUUCCGAUUUGGAAAUGACGGUGGAUGCGCUUACAACCCUGAUUUGCCGAAAUGCGCCCGAUAUCAAUCGUACUGGCUUGCACUUGAUAAUGGUGUUGACGAAGUUGAUACUAAGCGACUCAUUGAGUACCAAUCGGAAGCAUGGAAGUGGAUCUGCGAAUCUGAUCACGAUCCUCAUUUUCUCGGAGGACAUACGCAUUUCAUCGAAAAAGAAAGAAGCUCGAUCACUCUUAUCUAUCAGCCAACGGCUAUGUCGGUCAUGCGAGAAGCUGUCCGUCUCGACUACGAGGCCGAUAUUGAUGAAUGCACUCUUGGCAUCCAUGAAUGUCACGUCGAAGCUAACUGCUUCAACAAACUCAAGGGCGAUCCUACCUAUGAUUACAGAGGACUAAAUAUCCUCUCUGAAGAGAUCGCUUCUACCCUGCUCAACAUGCGAGGAGUCAAAUACGAUUUCUAUCGAGACGAAGUUAUUCCUAAACAAGAGGAGGAAGAAGAAAAGGCCAAAGUUCAAAAUGACGCCAUUGCCGAGAUGGAGACUGAUUCUAAGGGAUUCCUAGAAGGCAAUACACAGAGCAUCAACCAGGCAGAAAGUACUUCUGCAGCGGCAAAUCAGACUUACGAGGAGAAGAUUGCAGAAUUAAGUGGAACUUUCACAAUUAUAGGUGGAAUGAUCGACAGCUGGGGCAAUGACACCGUCAGCCAGAGAGAAUCUGCUCUUGCAAAUCUUCUUGGCCUUGCUGGAGCAACUAGAAAACGACGACAGACUUACCCCGAGGAUCCUGCUGAGCAACUCGAGUAUCAUAACGAGAUCAAAGUCGACAUGUUCGCCAUUGCCGAAGCAAAACUCGAAGGUGUUCAAGGCGAGAUUAUUCUUGUCAGUCCCGAAGUCCUUGAACACGAAGCUGCUAUGAAUAAUUUGCUAACUGAAAUUGACGAAACUAAGCUUUGGCUUGCGGAAAAAUUCCUCGACAGACAAACGACGCAAUUAAUUCCAUUAGAAACAAAUAUGAAUUCAUAUGUCGCACAAACGAAUGAAUUUAUUGCCAACAUCACCAGUGGAGACGUUUUCAGCGGCGAUCUAAUUCAAAAUAACGUUCGACUUGGAUCAAAGCCUCAAUCAAUCAGACUCGACAACGUCUUUACCGCUGAAGGCAUUUCACAACAGCGGGCCAUGCUUAGUGGUAACUGGCUGUGUCAAGUGCCAGGAACUUACCUCGUCACUUUCGACGUCAAACUGAAUCCAUCCACAACAGCAAAUAUUGAACUCUAUGUUGACAAUGUCGGAACCGGUUUCGGAAUCGAAGUCAAUGACUUAACUCGUUCCGGCACCGAUCUCUUCAGUCAAACGGCGAUUUUGAAUCUCAACGUCGGACAAGAAGUCUCUCUGAUGAAUCACGCUGGAGCUAUUACUGGAGGAGAAAUUACUAUUGUGAGCCUUCACAACUAA